GCAUUGGGGCCCGUGGCGCGAGGCUUCCAAUUCACUCAUCAGGGCCCCGGUCACUUAAGCGCGGCGGCGACGGCGACUUCGCCGAUGUGGAAGAUCGGCGAUUAACCGAGGCGAAGAUUGGCGGUGGCGAGCCGGGUGGGGGUGGCCUUGGCCGGGCCAUGUCGCUCGUGGCGUACGCGAGCAGCGACGAGGACGACGAGGAGAAGGCGGCGGCCGCGGCGUCGACCCCGGGCCUCUUGGCCCCGCGGCGGCGCGGGCAGCCAGUGCGCAUCGCGGCGCCAGCCCUGCGAGCCCCUGACUCUGAUGAUGAGGACGAGGAGCCGAAAGUGAAGAGGUUUGUGCCGUCCACGGUGUCGCCGGGCGCCACGGGCCUCUCCGCGCUGCUGCCCAAGCCGCGGGGCGGCGUGCUGUCCGCCUCGUCGCUCGCCGGCACCAAGGUGACCUCGCGGCCGCUCGUGCCGCACGCCUUGACGAAGGCCCGCAGGGCCGCGGCCCCAACGGCGGCGCAGGUGCCCAGCCCCUCGGCCAUCAAGGCGGCGUCGCGGGCGGCCCUGCUGCAGCGCGUGGCGCGGCAGGCGCUGCCCCACGCGCUUGACGACGACGCCAGUGACGGCGAGGAGGAGCAGGCGGCUAGCGGGGGCGGCGCCAGUUUCUUCUCGCUGCCGGCGCGGCCCGGCACGGGCGCCUCGCCGUCCGGCGUUGCCGUCAAGCUGCUGGGAGCCGGGACGGCGGUGCCGUGCCCGGCGACGGGCGACUCCGUGCAGGACGCUCCCCUCGAGUUCUCCGGGAUGAAGGCGGACGCUGGGGAGCCCGGAGAAUUCCCCGGAGAUUACGGCGGUGGUGGCUACCAGGGCUACUACGAGCAACCGUACGGCGCAGAGAUGGCAACUGCCGGCACCGAGCCUGGCACCAGCAUCGUGGACAACGACGCGUUCCGGCGGCUGCAGGGCAAGAGGAACCGCGGGGAGGAAAUCAACUUCAUUGAGAUCAAGGGCGAGGAGCAGAUGAGCGGCGCCAAGGAGUGGCUCACCAAGUCGCUCACCCAGGAGAAGACCAUGAAGUCCUUCAGCAAGAAAAAGGGCGACCAGCCCUCCACCCAGCAGAAGCGCAAGCAUCAGAUCACCUACCUGAUGCACCAGGCGAAGGAGCGGGAGCUGGAGCUCAAAAACUCGUGGUCGGAGAACAAGCUGACUCGGCGCCAGACCCAGGCCAAAUACGGCUUCUAGCGUCGGGCCAGCGCCACCGGCACCGGCACCACCGGCCGUUGUCAGCCGGCCGACGCGGCCAACUUCCCACAGUCAACCGGCCAUAGCCAAUGCCGCCGCGGUUAACGACCCACGGCUAACCGUCCAUGGCCAAUCCGGAGAUUGGAGGUGGCGGCCGCGCCCUGUGGGGAGUUUGGAGGGAGUCUCCCUGGCACCGCUACGUGGUGCCGUUCUCGCCGUUUGGGUUCCCUGAGACGCCGCUAAAUCCGGUCUCCGGCGGACCCGGGGCCGUACGCGCCACCGACAUUGUGAGACGCGGGCGCCAGCGGAGAGUGAGGGCCAGCGCCUCCCCCCCACCCCCCACCCCCCUCUCUCUCGUUGGUGACCGCCGCUGUGUUUGCGCCGCCCGUGCCGCGUGAAUGAACAAUGUGAACAGGAACAGAGAAUCGCACAAAAGUCAUAACCGCGCGCGCGCUCAGGAACGUGUUGUCGCACACCCGCGUACGGAUCUUGCGUGGAGGCCUUCCCACGCCAUAGCUAAUCGUUGGGGGGGGGGGGGGGGCGGAGGGUUUGUUUGGUUAAUUCCGGAUUGAUAAAAGCGUGGUACAGAAUGGUGGAUUUUACUGCGCUGCCCUCCCGCUGCCUCCAAUGCAGCAGCUGCAGCAACCUGUUGUGCAUGGUGGUCGCUCACUCGAGCGCUUUCCAGGCGCAACCCUUGCUUAGCUUUGCGAGCCGGGGGGGGGGGGGGGGUAGGCUGCAUUCCGGCCUAGCUCUCGAGGCACCGAUAACUGUAUGUGGGCCAUUGACAGUGUUUUGGCCGGUAAAAACCCUUUUUGGACUUUGAGCGGGGUUUUUGACGAUCAUAUGUUCGUGUAGUUUUGUGUGUGUGUGUGGUUAUUUUUUUUACAAGAAAAUAAAAAUAAGCAAGCCAUGUUUUCGUUCCCUGCGAGGCGUUCCCACCCACAAGCGAACGCUCUCUGCCCUGGGCGCCGUUGACUCCGAACGCUGGAGAGUUUUACAUGUUGCACUGCAAGGCGGGUCGGGGGAGGUGGGGGGGGGGGUGGCUUCCACUCAACUCAUAACCUCAUUAAAAACAGCACCACCUCGUAAGCAAGAACCCAUCGACCCGGGCACCGCACUGUGCGGAGUUUGAUAAUUGUUUUUUUACCCUUCUAUCUGGCAACAAAACUGACAACUUUUUUACAAGGAGUCAUGUUUGCAUAGACCACAAUACCUGCAGUCAUAAUGCAAGCAAAAACAUAACUCUGAUAAUGUAUGCACUGUCGUUGAAGUUGAUUGGUCAGAGUUUAUCAGAGUUAUGUUUUUUGUUUGCAUUUUGACUCCAGGUAUUGUGGUCUAUGCAAACAUGACUCCAUGUAAAAAAAAAAAGGUGUCAGUUUUGUUGCCAGAUAGAAGGAUAAAAAACCAAUUAUCAUAUUUUUUACUGGCAAAUGAGGUUCCAAUGGUGUGCGGAGUUUGUAAGAGUUCUCCUGCUGUCCGGCAGAGGGUUGCUGCCCCCAACAUUUUCCGGUUUCCUCCCAGAGCUAAAAACAAAACCCGCCGGUCCUGGGAAUGUGGAGUCGUGAGUGUGUGGGUGCGGGCUCCUGCCCCCCCCCCCCCUUCCUGCCCUCUACCCCUCCACGCUACCCGCCCCCCCCCCCCAAGCCACUGUCGCUCCUCGCCCCCACCGCCCGCAUGGAUGAAUAUCCGAGCGGGUCACGUGCUGUCUGAUGUCACUUGAAUGAACUCUGAACUUUGCGUGUGGGUGGCUUGUGUCGGUGGGGGUUCUGGCACCCGUGGCCACACGACGAGGUGGUUCCCCUGCAAUAAAAGCCGUCUUUGUCUCUC